UACCACGCCGCCACGACGUGCGCCGCACCAUGAACAAAAACGCGGCCUCGCGAGUGCAUUUAACAAACUUAGUGAAGUGACACCACACGGAUUUCACACUAAAACCCACCUGAAUACCCCCAACACGACAAUCGAUUUAAACGACAAUGGCGGCUUCCGGGGGGAAGCGGCGGGAUGAAGGCAGCGACAACUCGGAUGACGAGCUGACGCCGCUCGCCAACGAAAUAUAUGGAGGAAGCCAAAGAACGGUACAAGAAACGAAAGGAUGGGACGUCUUCAGAGAGUUCCCGCCGAAGCAGGACAGUGGGUCGAUGGAGACUCAGAAAUGCCUGGACUUUACCGUGAGACUGCUGAAGGUCCUCGCUUACGUCGUCACCUUCAUCGUGGUGCUGGCUUCUGGAGUCCUCGCGAAGGGCACAGUCCUUUUCAUGACGUCACAACUCAAGAAGGAUAGACGACUCACAUAUUGUAAUAGAGAUUUAGGUAGAGACAAACAGUUCGUGGUAUCCUUGCCGGACGAGGAGCGCGUUGCGUGGAUGUGGGCGGUGCUCGCCGUCUUCGCCAUUCCAGAGAUCGGCACCCUCAUCAGAUCAGUCCGAAUAUGCUUCUUCAAGACAUCCAAAAGACCAACAAGCGUUCAGUUUAUUAUUGUAUUCAUAGCGGAAACAUUGCAUACAAUUGGAAUGGCGAUGCUAUUCUUCAAAGUGUUACCGGAACUGGAUGUGGUCAAAGGAGCUAUGAUAACCAACUGCAUGUGCAUAGUGCCAGCUAUACUCGGCUUGCUAUCACGCAAUUCGCGAGACUCGAAGAGAUUCGUGAAAGUGAUUGUGGAUAUGGCAGCGAUCGUGGCGCAAGUCACCGGAUUUAUAGUGUGGCCGCUUUUGGACGACAAGCCCGUUCUGUGGCUGAUACCGAUCUCUGCUCUCCUCAUUUCACUGGGGUGGUGGGAAAAUUACGUCACUCGACAAAGCCCAAUUGGCAUAAUAAAGAGUCUAGGCAGACUAAAAGACGAGCUGAACUUGAGUCGGUAUUACAUAUACCGUUUUCUGUCAGUAUGGAAGAUUCUGGUGUUCCUCGUGUGCAUCCUCUUCAGCAUUUGGAUGGAGGGUGACGAGCCUGCUAUGUUCUUCCAGUUGUUCAAUGCCGGCUUUGGACCUCAUAACAUCGUAGUAGACGAGGUACAAGUUACAUCAGGCGGAACGGUCAUCCCGGAUCUGGCAAACGUUACACUGACCGGCGAUUCGGUUGAAGUAGCCGCCGUAUACAAGUCAGCUUUCUACGUCUUACUUAUACAACUGUUUGCGGCGUACUUCUGCUACAUAUUCGGGAAAUUUGCCUGCAAAAUUCUCAUCCAAGGGUUCAGUUACGCUUUCCCUAUCAAUCUCGUCAUACCGUUGGUCGUCAAUUUACUAAUCGCUGCCUGUGGAUUGAGGAAUGGUGACAACUGCUUCUUCCAUGGGACUAUACCUGAUUACCUAUUCUUUGAAAGUCCGCCAGUAUUUACUCUUAGUGACUUCAUCUCCCGUCAAAUGGCAUGGGUCUGGCUGUUAUGGCUCUUGUCACAAACAUGGAUCACUAUACACAUCUGGACACCGAAAGCGGAGCGUUUGGCCUCAACAGAAAAGUUGUUCGUCGUGCCCAUGUACAAUGGACUGCUCAUCGAUCAAAGCAUGGCACUGAAUCGAAAGAGAGACGACCAAAAGGACGUGAAGACUGAGGACCUCGCUGAAAUAGAAAAAGAAAAAGGAGACGAAUACUAUGAAACAAUAUCUGUACACACAGACAAUACCGGUUCUGUUCCUAAAACAGUGAAGUCCUCAGAUUCGAUUACUCGUAUUUACGCAUGCGCUACUAUGUGGCACGAAACCAAAGACGAGAUGAUGGAGUUCUUGAAGUCUAUUCUGCGUUUAGAUGAAGAUCAGUGCGCUCGCCGUGUGGCACAGAAAUAUUUACGUGUUGUUGAUCCUGACUACUACGAAUUUGAAACGCAUAUAUUCUUAGACGACGCUUUCGAAAUAUCGGACCACAGUGACGACGAUUCACAAGUGAAUCGCUUCGUGAAACUCCUAGUGGAUACGAUCGACGAAGCUGCCUCCGAAGUGCACCAGACAAUUAUUCGUAUUAGACCACCGAAGAAGUACCCUGCACCAUACGGCGGAAGACUGACUUGGGUUCUGCCCGGAAAGACCAAAAUGAUCUGUCAUCUGAAGGACAAGGCAAAAAUCCGUCAUAGGAAGCGUUGGUCUCAGGUAAUGUACAUGUACUAUUUACUGGGUCACCGUCUAAUAGAGCUGCCGAUAUCUGUAGAUCGUAAAGAAGUAAUGGCUGAAAACACUUACUUGCUGACCCUUGACGGAGACAUUGACUUUCAACCACAUGCCGUCCGUUUACUAAUUGACUUGAUGAAGAAGAAUAAGAAUCUUGGAGCUGCUUGCGGUCGUAUUCACCCUGUCGGAUCUGGCCCUAUGGUAUGGUAUCAAAUGUUUGAAUAUGCUAUUGGCCAUUGGCUGCAAAAGGCAACAGAACACAUGAUCGGGUGCGUACUCUGUAGUCCGGGAUGCUUCUCUCUGUUCAGAGGAAAGGCUCUUAUGGACGAUAAUGUGAUGAAGAAGUACACUCUACGAUCAGACGAGGCUCGGCAUUACGUACAGUACGAUCAAGGGGAAGAUCGUUGGUUGUGCACUCUCUUACUACAAAGAGGCUAUCGUGUAGAAUACUCAGCUGCCUCAGAUGCCUACACGCACUGUCCCGAAGGUUUCAGCGAGUUCUACAAUCAGCGUCGUCGUUGGGUGCCUUCCACCAUCGCCAACAUUAUGGAUCUGCUUAUGGACUACAAACAUACGAUCAAGAUCAACGACAAUAUUUCUUCACCCUACAUUGCUUAUCAAAUGAUGUUGAUGGGCGGUACGAUCCUGGGUCCCGGCACUAUAUUCCUUAUGUUGGUGGGUGCCUUCGUGGCUGCUUUCCGAAUCGACAACUGGACAUCUUUCGAAUACAACCUCUAUCCCAUUAUGGCCUUCAUGAUCGUUUGCUUCACGAUGAAAUCCGAAAUACAGCUACUGGUGGCACAAAUUCUAUCAACUGCAUAUGCAAUGAUAAUGAUGGCUGUGAUAGUCGGUACGGCUCUUCAGUUAGGCGAGGACGGCGUGGGAUCUCCUUCGGCUAUUUUCUUGAUAGCUCUCUCAAGUUCAUUUUUCAUAGCAGCCUGUUUGCAUCCACAAGAAUUUUGGUGCAUCGUGCCUGGUAUCAUCUAUCUACUGUCUAUUCCGUCUAUGUACUUACUAUUGAUUUUGUACUCGAUAAUAAAUCUCAAUGUUGUAAGUUGGGGUACUCGAGAAGUACAAGUUAAGAAGACUAAAAAGGAAAUUGAACAAGAGAAAAAAGAAGCAGAGGAAGCCAAGAAAAAUGCUAAACAAAAGUCGUUACUUGGGUUCCUGCCUGGAGGAAACAAUAAUGAAGAUGAGGGUUCAAUUGAAUUCUCAUUGGCUGGUUUAUUCAAGUGCAUGUUCUGCACACAUCCUAAAGGAGCAGAAGAAAAAGUUCAAUUGAUGCACAUAACGUCGACGCUUGAAAAACUGGAAAAGAAAAUUGAAAAUGUAGAAAGAGCUGUUGAUCCUCAUGGACUACACAGAGGCCGGAAAUUAUCAGUGGGACAUCGCGGUAGUGCUAACGGAGAUCACUUGGAUGCUCUUGCUGAAGGCCCUGAAGACAACAGUUCUGAUUCCGAGACAGACACCCUAUCCACAUCGCCUAGAGAACGCCGAGAUGAACUAAUAAACCCAUACUGGAUUGAAGAUCCUGAACUCAAAAAGGGUGAAGUCGACUUUUUGAGUCAGUCUGAAUUACAAUUCUGGAAAGAACUGAUAGACAAAUAUCUGUAUCCCAUUGAUGCAAACAAAGAGGAGCAGGCUCGUAUAUCCAAGGAUCUCAAAGAACUGAGAGACUCUUCUGUCUUUUCAUUCUUUAUGGUCAACGCCCUUUUUGUCCUCAUUGUGUUCCUUAUGCAACUGAACAAGGACAACCUUCACUUUAGGUGGCCCUUCGGAAUCAAAACUAAUAUAACACUUGAUGACGCUACUCAAGAGGUGAUCAUUACAAAAGAAUAUUUACAAUUGGAGCCCAUCGGUCUGGUGUUUGUGUUCUUCUUCGCGCUGAUCUUGGUCAUCCAGUUCACUGCGAUGUUGUUCCAUAGAUUUGGAACUUUAUCGCACAUAUUAGCAUCUACAGAACUGAACUGGUUCUGUACGAAGAAGUCUGAAGACUUGUCUCAAGAUGCAUUGCUGGAUAAGAAUGCAAUAGCAAUAGUCAAAGAUUUACAAAAACUUAACGGUUUGGAUGACGAUUACGACAACGAUUCCGGAUCAGGACCACAUAACGUCGGAAGGAGGAAAACCAUCCAUAACCUGGAGAAAGCCAAGCAGAGGAAGAGGAAUAUAGGGACGUUGGAUGUCGCGUUCAAGAAACGUUUCUUCAAUAUGAAUGCUAACGACGGGCCGGGAACACCGGUACUAAAUCGCAAGAUGACGCUACGAAGAGAAACGCUGAAAGCUUUAGAAACAAGAAGAAACUCCGUGAUGGCUGAGCGGAGAAAGUCGCAAAUGCAAACGCUUGGUGCUAACAACGAAUACGGUGUUGCUGGCAUGGUAAAGCUAAAUAACAACCAUGGAGUUGUGCCGCGUCAUCGUACCUCCACCGCCAAUAUAUCGGUCAAGGAUGUGUUCGGCGAGCCUAAUGGUGGGCAAGUGAAUCGCGCCUACGAAACCUCACUCGGUGACGAAGACGAGAACUCUAUGAGACUGCAGCCAAGACAGAACCAAGUCACUUUCCAAGGAAGAUACCAGUAGGCCACAUCACAGGGAUAUUGGGAAAUUAAUGAAAUCAUCGAAUUGUUAAUUAGCUAGUUUAUUGAAAGCUUUAAAGAAAGCAAAAAGUCAACAAAAUCCUAUAUAUUUGUUUUGUAAAUUGUAUGAAAACUCGAUUUGCAAUAUCCCUAAAAUAUUAGGCUUGCAGAUUCUAAGAGUUGCCAAAACUUAAUUCAGCGUCAAGUGCCUAGGAUAAACAAAUGUAGAUACUCAUUUUUUUAGAAUACUUAGUUAUAUUUUUAUACUGUAUAAGUAUAUAAGUAAUCUCAUGGAAUAUAGUUGAGUUGCUUGUGAUAUUUUGAAUGUUGGUCUGUGAACUGUUUCACUAAGUGACAGAAUCUAAUAGUAUAAUAUAAAGUCACAAGGUCAAUAAUUUACAACAGCUAUUAUGUCAUGUAAUGAAUGAAUAAGAACUUAUUUUACACUGCCACUUAACUUUAUAGCAUAUUUUUAUACUAUUAUUUUAGGAAAUCUUGUAAUUAUUAAAAUAU